GGGCGGGCUAGGGCGUUAGGUGUGAGCGAGGUACAGGUAAGGUAUGGUAUAGGUACAGGUAUGGUACGGUAUGGUAUGGUAUGGUGUGGUGACAUUCCCCCCCUCUUUCUCCUCCCUGCCUCCCUCAGCGGCUUUCCCUUGGUGCACUGGAGCAGGAUGAGGAGAAGAGAGCUGCUCACAUCCCUCUCUCUUUCUCCCCAGCAGCUUUUCACCACUUGGUGCACUGGAGCAGGAUGGUGAGUGGAGGAGAGUCGCUCACCCCCCCACCCCCCUCCCUCCCCCCCAGCAGCGUCACAUCCCUUGGCUGUGCGUGGUGGUGGUAAGUGAGGUAAGCUGAAGGCGUGGGGGAGGGGAUGGAGGUGGGUGGGGCAGGGUGGGCGGUGGCAUGUGGUGCAGACUUCUGGGGGCGGCACCUUCAGUACUAUAAGCAAAGGGGGGUUGGGUGAGGCAGUGUAAGUACAUGUGUCAAGCACUCUGUGUCCAAUCGCAAUACCCGCGCGUUAAUGCAUAAUGGGCCCAUGGCAGACCAUUGCGGCCGAAUGGUUCUGUCUCGUGCCAGCUCUUGCCACGCCGGCAGGGGAAGGGGGUUGAGAGUACCCUAGGUAAGGCGAGUGAGCGGCAGGGGGGGAGAGGGGGGUUGAAACCCCCAGGUAAAAGCGAGCUUGGGGCUGGGGAACCCCCCUCCUCUGCCUUAUUCUCGCUUUAACCUGGGGGAUGCAAUCCCCCUCUCUUGCCUCUCAAUCGCCUUGCUCUGGUGCCUUCAACUCGUUCCCCUGCCUGGGUCUCAGCUUACCCAGGGGGGUUUCACCCUCCCUCUGCCACAUCACACCACCACCUCAACCCUGUGCCUUCAUUGCCCAUCACCACUCCCCACCAGCAUCCCCACCAUCUCCACUCCUCAUUCACUUGGUGCCACAGCCCUGCCCCUCUGCCAGUCGCAUUGUGUGAUGUAAACUGAGACCCAGGCAGGGGAAGUUUUACUCAGGGGGUUUAACCCUCACUCUGCCACACCACCACCACAACACCACCACUACUUUCUACCGCCCCUCGCCACUUUUCAGUCGUGAUGCUGACGUUGGUGCUUGUGGUGGUGGUAUGCCGUGAUGUGUCAUCCCAUUGUGUGGCAUCCCAUGGUGUGGCAUCCCAUUGUGUGGCAUCCCAUGGUGUGGCAUCCCAUGGUGUGGCAUCCCAUGGUGUGGCAUCCCAUGGUGUGGCAUCCCAUGGUGUGGCAUCCCAUGGUGUGGCAUCCCAUGGUGUGGCAUCCCAUGGUGUGGCAUCCCAUGGUGUGGCAUCCCAUGCUGACACAUUCCAUGGUGUGGUCAUGUGGGUUGAUGAGUAAGCCUAGAGCCCAGCCAUAUGGGUGGUGGUGGGUGAGUGUGGUGGCUUAUGCUGGUAAUGAUGUGAUCUUGCAGCUUGCAGCCGAGCCAUGUGCCUCCUCAUUUGGUGCUGAUGGGAUGAGCAUGGGAGUGGUAUGCCCCCCUGCCUACAGGAGCACCAUAUGCAUAGGCAUGCAUGGAUGCUUCUGAUUUGGCCAAUGAGCAUCCAAGGCACGGACCAGGAUGUGAUGGCUCUGCAACAGGCAAAAGCAUGCCGGUCGGUUAGAUUGUAGGGUAGGGUAGUUAGUGUACGGUGAGUUUGUAUGUUGAUGCUAAUCAACACACAUGUAUGCA